AUGGGAUGCUCUAGCUCAAUAUCCACUGAAGUUUCUAGCUCAGAAAAAAAAAUAAAAAGAAUAUAAAAUCAAAAAGUAAUUAAGCAACUCUCAUGGGAUAAAAAUUCAAACUAAGAUGAAACCACUAUUGCAUCAAUAGAAAACAUAGAAUUCUUUUAUGAAUUCAUAAAAUAAAUAGGAUAGGGAUAGUUUGGCAGCGUAUUUUUAGCUAAAAGAAGAAAAUAACCAUUUGAUGAAGUAGCAAUAAAGAUUAUAAAUUUAAAUUAAAUAAAAAAAAUACCAUUACAAUACAUAAAAAGAGAAGUUUAAAUCAGCAAAAGCUUAGACCAUCCAAAUAUUAUAAAAUUUUAAGAGACAUAUAUUGAUAAAAAGAAUAUUUAUAUAGUUAUGGAAUAUUGCACUGGAGGCAACCUAUCUCAAAAAUAAUUCAGCGAAUAAGAAGUUUUAAAUAUCAUGAAAAAGUUAUUGUAUGCAGUUAAUUAUAUGCAUAAAAGAAACAUUAUUCACAGGGAUCUAAAAUUAGAGAAUAUCCUCUAUGAGAGAGAUUCACCUGAUUCUGAAAUUAAAAUCAUUGAUUUUGGUCUUUCGAAGCAGGUGCCUAAAGAAUAAAAGGCAAGACGUCACUCAAUUGUUGGAUCUGAAACAUAUAUGGCACCUGAAGUUUUAAGCAGUAAAAAUUAUGAUAAAUCUUGUGAUGUUUGGAGUCUUGGUGUUAUUAUGUAUAGAUUACUAAGUGGGGAACUCCCUUUCAAAUAGAGAUAGUAGAUUUUAGAUGGGCUUUUAAUUUUUAAAAGCCCUAUAUGGAGCUCAGUAAGCAGAGAUGCUUUUGAUUUGCUCAAAAAAAUGGUAAAUGUUUACCCAUAAUACAGAAUUACAAUAGAUUAGGCUUUAAAACACAGUUGGUUCUAGCAGAGAAGAUCAACUGUUCAAAUUUCAUAAUUGAUAUAACUCUAACCAGGUCAUUUGCUCGUCUUAAAUAAAUUUUAAUUGUAUGAUCAUUUCUCAUAAUUUAAAAAAGAGAUUUUGUAGAUGUAUGUAAAGAGAUAUGUUUCUAAAGAUUAGGAGUUAAAUUAUAGAAAAUUAUUUAAGUCUAUUGACUCUGAAAACAAAGGCAUAAUGACAAAGUAAUAAAUUGAUGAGACUUUGUAGAAAUUAGGUAUAGAUAAAUAACAGUAAGAAGUAAAUAAGACAGCAUAAAACAACUCAUAAAACCAAAUAAAUAAUGUGUAAGUAGAUGAUACUGUGGAAUAUUCAGAGUUUCUAGCUGGCUGCGUUGGUUAAGACUUAGUGAGUAGUUUAGAUAAACUAAAAAAUGCUUUUGGUCUUAUUGAUGUUGAUAGUAAAUCUAAAAUAACUUAAUAAGAUAUUGAAGCUGCCCUCCAAAGAGAAGGAAGAUAGUUUUCUAAAGAAAAACUAUAAUCUUUAAUAGAGGAAAUUGAUACAUAUUUCGAUGCAGAAAAAAAAAUGGAUUUUCAAGGUUUUUGUGCUUGCUUGGGUUUUAAUUAGUAGGGUAAAUAAACUAAAAAAAUAAAUCAAUAAGAUUAAAUUAAUGAGAGUGAUGAAGAAGAAGAUUCUGAUGAGAGUGAAAAUAGUAAAUCAGUAUCAGAAAAAUCUUACAUUGAAGAUAAUAAAAAUAUUCUUUAAAAAAAAUCCGGUUAAAUAGAGACAAAUGAUAAAAAUUGA